GCAUUUAUUACUUGAUUGUUCCCAGAGUUCGGACUGAAUUGGGGAAACGGGCGUUAAGUUUUGCUGCCCCCUUUACCUGGAAUACACUAACACAAACCAAACUAAAAAUAUAUGAACUCAUCACACUCAAAGCUUUUUGCCUAUGUUUUUGUUACUGUGAUCUCAACGACUGCACUUUGUAAUUGCCAAAUUGUUUCCUAAAUUAUUGUCUAUUGUUUGUAAUCUGUCUUUUUAAACUUUAUUUAUUAUGACGUGUGUUGCUGACCUCUUGGACAGGUCUUCCCUUGUAAAAGAGAUCUUUAUCUCAACAGGACUUCACCUGGUUAUAUAAAGGUUAAAUCAAAUAAAUAAAUUAAGUCUGACUGAAUGUAUAAAGGCAGAAGUAGUUUGACGCUCCCUUUGAAGUAUUUUGAAAAGCCCCCUGCUUUGGACAAUACAAUUUCAAUGAAUUCUGCUCCAUUCAUAAUUUAUGUCAUUCAUUUAGAGUUGGUGUCACUCAUGGGAAAAGCAUGCGCUGACACUUAAACUGAAGUUUUACUGCACAACACCAGGGUUCACUGUUGCUCAACAAUUAUGUCCGGACUGCUUUUAAAUACACAAGUCUUAAGUCUCACAGCAUCACAAAUGUAAAUGCAUGAUGAAGCCACAUCAGAGAGUGACUUCUUUAUCAUGAAGUUCAUCUACUUGCCAGAUUACAUUCAUCCACUGAGACAUUUUUAUUAUACUGGACCUUUAACUAUCUCAAGUGUCCGCUGUUUUCAGGAUACUUUGAGGUUUAAAUGUUCAUAUAUUCACCUUGGUUAUUGUUUAGGGUUCCAACAGAUUCCACAGUGUGUGUUCUUGGCUAAAAGAAAUAUGGAUAUAACCCAGGUAGAUGAGAUCCUGAUCACAGAACGACCUUGAAAGUAAUUCAGAUCUCUUCAAUGAGCUCCCCAGUAGAGGAGCACAGGAUACAUUAUGCAUGCAAUCUAUUAUUAAUGGUCUUGAGUCAUGUUACCAUCAGACAUUGGCCCUUAGAAAAUAACUGAAAAGCCUGAUACUCUGGGGGACUUGUCCUAACCAUGAUUAUGUAAAAACACUAUUAAGAGCCUCAUAAUGUAGAGCCAUUUCCCUUUAACAUAUAACACUUUGUGUAUUGAUUUUAUGCCAAAGUUAGAAGAACGUAGGUUUCUCCAAAACUAGUUUAUCGACAAUAAUAAAAUAAGCAUCACCUCACAUUUAUUCAGUGCGAUCAUGGAUCACAUCAAUGACUUUUUAUCGAUCCAGUAAAGCGAUCCAAUUAAAACUCUGCUGCUUCAUCCCGUGAGUCUAUUGGCUGGCAGCUGUUCUCUGCUCUCCACGGCCCCGCCUCCCACUGUCACGCACCGCGAGUGACACUGUGGAUGCAGUGUAAGUGAGAUCGUCCAACUUUACCUUCGGAUGGACUUUAUCGAAAAACAGAACACUUGCUUUUUUUUGUUUUGUUCAUAAAGAGCUCGUGCCGUGCCGGGCACGUGCCCACCCGAACAGCAUCUUUUGGGGUAUUUUUCCUGCACUUUUCAGCAGCCCUCCUCUGCAGCAUGAAGUGCAGUUAUGGCCAGGAGUAGUAAGUCAGUCGCGAGGACCCUGGAGGAUUUGACGCUAGACUCAGGUUAUGGUGGAGCCGCAGACUCCUUCAGAUCUUCCAGUGCGUCGCUGUGCUGCUCGGAUGCACAUGGGGCGAAUUACUGGCAAUUAACCGACUCGAUGCACAGUCGACACAACAGCCUGGACACUGUUAACACGGUCCUGGUCGAAGACGCCGAGAUCCUGGAGUGCACCGUGCGGUGCGCCAAACUACCCGAGCUUGAGGAUGUGCCGUGGAGCCUCGGGGAAGUGGCGAGCGCACUGAACAAGGACGAGGAGAUGAGUCUGCCGACCCCGCCGCAGGACGUCCUGCACAGGCUGUCGGUGCUGGUCAGCCGGGCUCUGGUCAGGGUCGCCAAGGAGGCGCAGCGCCUGAGUUUGCGCUACGCCAAAUGCACCAAAUACGAGAUCCAAAGUGCCAUAAAGAUCGUCCUGUCGUGGAGCGUCUCGAUGAGCUGCAUCAGCGCGGCCCUCAGUGCCUUGUCUCUGUACAACAUGAGCACGGAGGAGGACAAGUUUAGCCGCGGUAAGUCCGUGCGCUGCGGACUCAUCUUCAACGUGGGGAAGUUCUUCAGGUGGAUGGUGGACAGCAGGGUCGCGGUGCGGAUCCACGAGCACGCCGCCAUCUACCUGGCUGCGUGCAUGGAGAGCCUUUUCCGCGAGGUGUACGCGCGGGUGCUGCGCAGUGCGCUACUGGAGCGAGAUAACGGGAUCCCCAAGUUCACCGUGGAGCUCCUGGAGCAGGCCGUCAACGGUGACGCGGAGAUGUGGGGCUCCCUGCAGCCGUGGCAACACCUCAUCUGUGGGAAGAAUGCAAACGGUGUGCUGAGUCUACCUGAGGGUCUGACUCUUCACAGGGAUCAUCACCAGCUGCAGCAGCAGCAGCAGCGACCGGGGAAGAGCGGGGAGGCUCAGUCUGAGCUGCGCUCCACUGAACAGUGCUUACUGGCAACAAGAGUGGGCAGCAUCUCUGAGCUCAGUGACUUGGUGUCCCGAGCCAUGCACCACCUACAACCACUGUAUGUGAAGAAUCACAACAAUGGGACACCAAUCCAUCAGAAGAGCAGUGUGAUUCAGUGGUCACCUGAAGCCAUCUACACUCUGUGUUAUUUCAUGCACUGCCCUCAGAUGGAGUGGGAGAACCCGAAUGUGGAGCCGUCCAAGGUCACCUUACAAACAGAGAGGCCAUUCGUGAUGCUGCCACCUCUGAUGGAGUGGGUGCGCGUGUCUGUGGUUCACACCGAGCACAGACGCAGCUUCUCUGUGGACAGCGAUGAUAUUCGGCAGGCAGCCAGGCUCCUGCUGCCUGGAGUGGACUGUGAGCCUCGCCAGCUCCGAACGGAUGACUGCUUCUGUGCCUCGAGAAAACUAGAUGCCGCAUCUACCGAGGCAAAGUUCCUGCAGGACCUGGGCUUCCGUAUGCUCAGCUGCGGACGCACAGACCUGGUGAAACAGGCCGUCAACCUCCUUGGGCCGGAUGGCAUCAACAGCAUGAGUGAGCAGGGGAUGACACCACUGAUGUACGCCUGUGUCCGUGGAGACGAGGCCAUGGUGCAGAUGUUGCUGGAUGCAGGGGCUGACAUUAACAGCGAGGUGCCAAACUCAGUGCACAAGCACACCUCAGUCUUUCCCGAAACGCGGCAGGCGACGCCGCUCACAUUCGCUGUGUUACACGGACAUGUGCCUGUGGUGCAGCUGCUGCUGGAUGCCAAAGCCAACGUGGAGGGAUCCCUGCAGGACGGGAUGGAGAACUACACAGAGACGCCACUGCAGCUGGCUGCUGCUGCAGGAAACUUUGAGCUGGUGAGUUUGCUGCUGGAGCGGGGAGCUGAUCCCAUGGUGGGCACUAUGUACCGUAACGGUAUCUCCACGGCACCACAGGGAGACAUGAACUCCUACAGUCUGGCAGCAGCUCACGGACACAGAAAUGUGUUCCGUAAGCUCCUGUCCCACACAGAGACAGGGAAAGCAGAUGUCUUGUCCCUGGAGGAGAUUCUGGCUGAAGGUUCAGAACUGGAAGGUAGAAGUCCAUCUCAGAUCGACCUGAUCCGAGCGGGGAAGGCGAAACUUAAAGCCUUGAAAGAAGCCAUGUAUCACAGCUCGGAGCACGGACAUGUGGACAUCACCAUAGAUAUAAGAAGCCUCGGGGUCCCGUGGACUUUGCACACCUGGCUGGAGUCUCUGCGGACAUGUUUCCAACAGCACCGCCGACCUCUGAUCCAAGGUCUUCUGAAAGAGUUCAGCUGCAUCGAGGAGGAGGAGUACACCGAGGAGCUCAUCACACACGGCCUGCCUCUCCUGUUCCAGAUCCUCCGAGCCAGCAAGAAUGAGGUGAUCAGCCAGCAGCUGUCUACAAUCUUCACCCAGUGUUAUGGCCCUUACCCCAUCCCCAAACUGGUAGAGAUCAAGAGGAAGCAGUCGUCACGCCUUGAUCCUCACUUCUUGAACAACAAAGAGAUGUCAGACGUGACAUUUUUGGUGGAGGGGAAGCCUUUCUAUGCCCACAAGGUGCUGCUCUUCACGGCCUCCAGCAGGUUUAAAUCUCUUCUAGCAAACAGACCUUGUGGUGAAAACACAUGCAUCGAAAUCAGCAAUGUUAAAUAUCACAUUUUCCAGCUGGUGAUGCAGUAUCUCUACUGUGGAGGAGCAGAUGCUCUGCACAUCAGGAACACUGACAUUAUGGAGCUUCUGUCUGCCUCCAAGUUCUUCCAGUUGGAGGCAUUGCAGAGACACUGUGAAAUUAUCUGCUCCAAGAACAUCAACACAGAAACCUGUGUGGAGCUCUACAACCACACUAAGUUUCUCGAUGCUCCAGACCUGGCCUCCUACAUAGAAGGCUUCUUCCUGAAGAACAUGGUGAUGCUGAUCGAGUUGGAGCCAUUCAAGCUGCUGCUGUACGACGCACCUCCAGACAGUCCCGGCGCUGACAUCCUACAGGACCUGGAGAAAACUCUGGCCACCCGCAUCCACUCUAUCCACCUGUCCUCCUCCAAAGGAUCCAUUGUCUGAUCUCCCGAUCCUCACAGAAACAGAGAAUAUUAUUAAACAGAGCAACACCAGAGACGUGACACUUUAUUGAAAAGCAUCUCAUUGACGGCUCAAUUCGAGUGAAAGACAAAAAAACAGGACUCGUGAAGUAUCCAGUUAUUAAAUUCUGUCUCGGUCGCUAAUAUGCUUCUUGUUUUCUUAGCACAGAUGGUUCCAAGUCUGUGUGUCUGCUGCCUUGUCGGUGUCUGUCUCCUACAAACUAACAUUACGACGUCACAAUAUGCCAGUAAACAUCUGUAUUGUGAUGCCCCCCCCCCGAGUUUCACAGCCAAGAAAACUCAGAUCAGGAGAGUCCAACACCUGCAGUCAGAACAUGCAGCUCUGUGUGUGAUAAUGUGAUGCGCCAUCAGUGUAUCGCUUCCUGGCUGUGAGGAAGAACUGCUGCGUCAUGUUGUCAAUAUUUGCUUCAACACCUGGACCUAAACGGAGUAAUUAUUUGUAUAUUUGUCACUUAGCAUUUUAUUACAUAAAUACAUACAUACAUACAUACGUGUAAAACAACUGACAAGUACCUGUAAUGUGACAGAGAAAUGGAAACUUUCAUCAGCUGACUCUCGGCAUCUUUGGGACAUGAGGACCUUUCCUUCCUCAGCGACCGUGUAAAUAUUGUUCAUAAAUAACAGAGCUAUUGAUAAUGUAAGUUAAUGUAUAAAUCCACAGAUGUUUUCUCGUGCGUGUGUGUUGCUGGAUAUCGCUGUAAAAACAAAGAGCUCAUGUUUUAAAUAUCUUGUGUUGUUUAAUGUUGCAUGUCAGAAGGAUGGCUGUGUUCGGGUUUUGUUUUACUUUUCGUUUAAACUGUUACAAUGAUGACACUGAGGAGCUGGUUUCAUGUGUGAGUGAGAAUAUAUUUUUUUUGUCAUCAGCAUGGGUCAAUAUAAAUGUGUAGCAGAUGGUGUUGUCAUUUUUGCGUGAGAGAUUCCAGGCCUGUUUAGUCCUGAACUGGGAACAUGACGUUGUCAGUUGUUCUCCGGGGGUUUGUGAAACAACAUGACUUCUAUGUAUGACUUGAUAUAUCUUUCCUGGAUAAAGAUUAAUAUAAAGAAUACUGUCUCAAAAACAUCCACAA